GUAACCCGUUUAAGGAUUGGGUUUGUCGUAGUGUAACACAAAAAACGAAAACACACGCACCCACUUAACUCCUUUCAACCGGCCACCGACCACCCUUCGCCGGCCAUCCCCUUCGUAGUCCAUCCACUUCCCGGAUAUCCUGUUUAGCGGUUGUGAGCCAUGUUGAAACGACUAUGCUCUUUGGCAUAUAUGCAUCGAGAUGAGAAGACCAAGCUGUGUUUGAAAGCUUUAAAUAGACAGAUACAUAGUGGUCAGCCUCAUUGUUCAGCAAGAAGCUUUUUUGGAGUAGAGGACUUCCUGGAUGAUGACAACAGUCGUCCAUAUACCUACCAGAAAGAAAAGAAAUCCAAGAAUCCAAACAAACACAUAUCCUUCAAACAACGUACAAUAGCUUACAUGGAGCCAUUCACCCUAGAUGUUUUCAUUUCAAAGCGAUUCGUUUCAGCCUCUCUUACUCACAGGGUAACAAGCAAGCAAGUUGCAGUUGCUGGUACCAACUCAAAAGACAUUAAAGCCGCGCUUAAAUCUCGUUCAGAUAUUCCUGCUUGUAUGGCUAUCGGAAGGAUAUUAUCUGAACGGGCUAGAGAAGCUGAUGUAUACACAGCUUCUUAUACUCCAAGAGAAAGGGAUAAGUUUGAAGGUAAAAUUAGAGCAGUAGUUCAAUCCCUUAUUGAUAAUGGUAUUGAUGUCAAAAUUUAUCUUGAUUAAAGUGACCAUGUAUAAUGAGUAAUGACUUAACCUAGUAAAGUAAGGGAUGUUCUUUUUAAAUUUGAAGGAUUUUGUUACAUAAUGUAUGGUUAUCAGAUAUUCAGAUGUAGUGUUCGCUAAUCAACAUGAUGCCCAAUUGGUUUA